AUGGUGGGCAGUGCCUAUAUAGGCCAGGGCCAUCUCUCUCGCAUGAAAGUGUUGUGUAAACGCUUGCUGGUGUUGGGGGUCAGUACUGGGACAAUUGCCAUGGUACUCAUGGUGGUCUUCGAGAGACGCUUUAUCAGUUUCUUCACCUCGGACGAGAAGGCAAUCGAUAACCUACACCACGUCUGGCUGUUGCUUGCACUAAUGCAG